AUGAGUGAUGUAUCUCAUAAAGUAGAUUGGUCUUUGAUAUUUAACGAUAAACAUGAGGUCUAUGACACUAUCUGUAGAAUCGUAGAGGCCUUGCAUCAUAAACUUCACCUUCGCCUAGGUUUUAAGAAGGGAGAGUUGCUAGGGCCAGCGAUAAGACAACGUAAGGAGGCCGGUCCUCCGAGACCUCAGAAUGCCUAUACCAUUUUCGUACGUAACUUUAUCGCUGGCAGGAAAGUUGAAAUCAAUACAGACGAUUUCCAUAUCCUUUUUGACCUUGACGACUACAAAAUGCAACAAAUCUAUGAAAGCGUGAAGGAGUUUUUAGCUUUCAUUGAGCCCGAAGAGCAAACGACCGCCAUAGGCAAACAUGGAGAACCCAUUACCUUCGCGGCAGGGGUACCAGUAGGCUGCAGAGUCGAAGAAUCCAUUGUUGGGGUCGAAAUGGAAGAAGCUGGUGGCUACAAAGCUGUCGAAGAGUCUAUGCCCUCUGUCGUAAGCUAUGAAUCCGAGCCAUUCAAAGCUAAUGUACCAGUAAUCUAUACCAAGAAGCGGAAAAAGGAGAGUGUCGACAACAAUACGCGGGACGAUGACAAUGGGAAAAAGUCAAAGCUAAGUGGAAUCGCCCUCAAUCGAUUAGCACGUGUACUCUGGCACGAGUAUUCUGAGCUAAAGAUGUUGUACGAGAUUAUCGCAUAUUAUGCAUUGUUACAACAUAAAGAAGACAAUCCGGGAUAUAAAUAUACACCCAAAAGAAGAAGCAAAAAAUCCCGCCCUGUGUCUUUAUGCAACCAGAGAAAGUCUCGAGAUGGAGAACCCGACGAUAGCGAUAGUGAAAAUAGCGCAAUCAACCAAGAGUGUUCUUACAGCGUGCCGGAUCUGCCCAUGGUAGCAACGGACGUUCAGGAGGGCCAUACGUGCAUCCAUGACAUGUGUUGUCUAAUCGCAGUCGAUACAGCUGUUAGAUAUGAAUAA